UCUUCCGCCCCAAUGCUACGCGGCGCUUAAUGAAUUGUACCCCCCCGCCAUGGAUAUCGACGACAUCCUUGCCUCCGUUGACCGCAACGAUGUUUCGUCCCCCGAAUCCGCCCAACUGGACCACCAGCUGCUCACGCGCUUCUGGGUCGCCGAGCGCGGCGUGUCGGAGCUACUCCCAUGGCCGGAGGCCCUGAUGAACCGAAUGAUGGAGCGAGUCCGCAAGCAGAUCGAAACAAUCGAAGACCUAGCCGCCGCAUCCUCCUCAGACCCCACCACCACCACCACCAAUAACAACAGCAACCCAACCCUAAACCUCAAACUCUCCAUCCUCCAAACCGACCUCUCCCGAACCCAAUACCUCCUCCGCUCCAUCCUCCGCCAACGCCUCUCGAAACUCACAAAACACAGCAUGCACUACCUCCUCCGCAUCAGCUCCGCCUCCCAGCAACAAACCCCGGCCGACUCCCAACCCACCGACCACCAGCAGCCCGAAGACUCCAUCCCCGACCUAACCGCCGUGCAGGACCCCUCGCCGCUGUCGACACAGGAGCUGGGCUUCUUGCGCGCGCACCAGACGCUGCUGGCGGGGCACUUCGGGGCGUCGUUUUUGGGCUCCUUUCCCGCGCAGCUGAGACGGCUGGAUGAUAAUGCUGGCGGCGUGAGUAUGGUGCAGGGCCCGGAUGCCAGGGAGGUCGUUCUCGUGAGGUGUCUGGUCGAGAGGGUCGGCGUUGUUGUGCCGCCGGGCGAUGGCGUCGAGGUUGAGACUGUGGGCGAGGAGAUGCGCAUGGGCGAUGUUUGGGUCGUGAGGUGGGAGGGGGUUAGGGAGGCUUGGGAGCGGGGGGAGGUGGAGGUUCUUUGAUCUUUCUUUCUCUGAUCUUUCUGCUUUGGUUGUGAUGGUGGUUGUUGGUGGUGGUGGUGGAAUGCAUGUAUAUAUGUUGCUGAUGCAUCGUGGCGUUUGGGGUUGGUCACUUGUGAUACCUGAUUUUUCUUGUUGCAUUUCGGAUAUAGAAUGUAUGUAUGUGGUGCUUGUUUAUGUUUAUGGGGUAUGUUUAGGUUGAACUUGGCUUUGAUGUCGUGUUCCGUAACUGAUGGUGUCACUAUACAAUACAUCGCUCAGCUCAGCCUGGAGCGUCGUUCUUCAUAACCCUAUUCUAG